AUGAAUGUUUUGUUGUCGCCGCAGCCGCCAGUCUUCCCUCACCACUACGAAAGCCCUCGCCCGUCUCCCCAGCGAUCCGUUUCACCCCUACUCGCCAUGUCAAAUCGAAAGCGGAAGGCUGAUGACGAUGGGGAUGAAACCAUGUCGCCAUUGAGCUCGCCUGCCAUCUCAACCCGCCCGCUUGCCCGCCCAUCGAAAAAAGUACGAUCAAACGAGCUCAUUGGUCGACCCCUUACCUUACCCCGACUCCUCGAGACUCUGGAUGCCAGCCAGCUGAGGAUGGUCUUGGAACGGCUCUGCGAACGCCACCCGGAUAUUGGUCAGGAAGUCGUCAGUGGAGCGCCUCGGCCAUCCGUCUUGUCUGCCUUGGAUGUCUUGCACGACUAUCAAGUCAAGUUGAAGGAAGCCGUACCCUAUGGCGAGUCCAGUCCUGAUUACACAUAUUAUCGAGUCAAGGAACCCCUGACUGCCCUCAUCGAUGCCCUCUCCGACUUUACACCUCAAUAUCUCCCGCCCAUCGAGACACAGCCGACUACGUCGUUGCAGUUUCUUGAUGGCGCCACGAAAUUUAUCCACGAACUGCCCAACUGGGAGCCUCAAGCCUAUCGCCAUCACAAGGAAAGUGCGUACGAUGAUAUUUCACGGGCCUGGGCUCUGGUUAUCACCGAGGCUGGUAAACGAGGUGGAGGCUUGAACUUGCACACCGGCGGAUGGCACCAGACGCUGUCUCGUCACAAUGAACAGUCAGGAGGGCGCCUCAGCACCGCCAUGUCCGCCAUGGCUGACAGCGUGGGUUGGAUGGGACCGGGACCUGGCGCACAGGGCAACUCGUCUGAUCAAAACUCCAUCCUCACCCAACUCAUGUCUGGCGCAUACGUGUCCCCUGUACGGGUCGGACCUUGGUAA